GAUGGAGGAGGACGCAGCCGAGCAGAUGAAUGAGGUGCGCGGCUUGAUGAGAGGAUGAACCCCGGGGCGGAUGGAUGGAUGGAGGAGCAUCAUCACCAGCAGCAGCAUCCACACUUUGGUUUAAAUCUAACGCUUUAGGAUAAUUAUACAUAUAUAUAUGUAUGUAUAUAUAACAAGACAGACUGGUGUUUAUUUAAUAUUUAUUGUUUUCUGGGGUUAAAUCGGCCGGAUGAAGAGGAGGAGGAGGAUGUAAAAAAUCCUGGAUCGAGUCUCAGAGAUGAAGCUCGGUGCUGGAGGACGGCCACCACCAUCAUCAUCACCGGGCACCGACUCUCUCUGCGGCCGUGUUAGAGCGCUUCGUUUGCGGCUUUCUUGAAGGGAUUUAAAAAAGGAAGAACCAGCGACUGAAAGCGGGAUUUAUGACCCGUAUUAAGGGUUGAGGUUGUCGGCUUUGGAGGCGGACAUUCUCCCCCCGGCUGCUCCGCUCUCAUCCCGGCGGAAAGAGUUAGCGACGAGCGGCGGCGGUUAGCUCCGUUUUAACGGUUAAAAACAACGUUUAUUUCAGCUUCUUUCGACGUUUAAAAACUCCACAAGCUUAACUCGGUUAUAAUCCUCAUUUAUCCCGACUUUAACUUCCUUUUUUAUUAUUAUUUUUAACCCUCCCUCCACAAACUGCCAGCUAACGGGAGAGCUAACCGCUAACCAACCGUCGGUUCAUCAUGCAUGCCCGGGCACGUUCGCUCGGAUGAAGCCGGACAUGAAGAGCCAAAACACGGGCAACAACAACAACAACAGCCAUGUCGGAGUGAGAGGAAGCAGCAGAAGCACCGUGGCUCCACAACAACAACACCAACACCAACAACCAGCACAGGAGGAGGUGGAGGAGGAGCGGGUUUAGCUGGAGAGAGACACCGAGAGGAGAGAGGGAGGAAAGCCGGGGAGGGACGCUCCAACCUCGGCUUCAUUUCUCGCACUCAAACCGCCAAAUACAGCAAAAUGGGAGAGCAGCCCAUCUUCAGUACCCGGGCCCACGUCUUCCAAAUCGACCCAAACACCAAGAAGAACUGGGUCCCCACCAGUAAACAUGCUGUCACGGUGUCCUACUUCUUCGACAGUACCAGGAAUGUAUAUCGGAUCAUCAGUCUGGAUGGAUCCAAGGCCAUCAUCAACAGCACCAUCACCCCCAACAUGACGUUCACCAAGACAUCGCAGAAGUUCGGCCAAUGGGCCGACAGCCGGGCGAACACCGUCUACGGCCUCGGCUUCUCGUCUGAGAGCAACCUGGCCAAGUUCGCAGAGAAGUUUGCUGAGUUCAAAGAGGCAGCGCGGUUAGCCAAGGAGAAGUCUCAGGAGAAGAUGGAGCUCACCAGCACUCCCUCUCAGGAGUCGGCGCCGGGCGAUCUGCAGUCACCUCUGACCUCAGAGAGCAUCAACGGCACAGACGAGGAGAGAGUCACGCCGGACAUGCCGGACACGCCGGAAACGCCGGACACGCCGCAGCACACCGAAGCCAGGGCAGAGCCUUCCCAGAAUGCACUGCCCUUCUCACACAGUUCGUCCAACAUCAACAAACACUGGGAGGCCGAGCUGGCGGCGCUGAAGGGGAACAACGCCAAGCUGACGGCGGCUCUGCUCGAGUCCACGGCCAACGUCAAGCAGUGGAAACAGCAGCUGGCGGCGUAUCAGGAAGAAGCCGAGCGGCUACACAAACGGGUGACCGAGCUGGAGUGUGUGAGCGGCCAGACGACGGUGAUCAAAUCCCAAAAGACUGAACUCAACCAAACGAUAGAGGAGCUGGAGUCGUCUCUGAAGGCCAAGGAGGAGGAGUUAGAGAGACUCAAAGCCGAGGUGGAGAGUGCCAACGAGUUCCAGGCUCAGAAAGAAUCACUUGCAAUGAAACUACAGGACACGGAGUCAAGGAACCAGGCGUUGGAGGCCCAGCUGAGUGACCUCGGGCAGCGUCUGGAGAGCAGCCAGCAGGAGAGGGAAGCCUUCCGCAAGAGCCUCCGCUCGCUGCUGAAGCUGCUGGACAGCAAGAUCUUCGAGCUGACGGAGCUCCGAGACACGCUGGCCAAACUCCUGGAGAGCAGCAGCAGCAGCUAGAGCGACCUCCUCCACCAUCAACACCACCAUCAACACCACCAACACAGCCAGCACUCAGAGAAGAAAUCACACGCAUGUCGGUCACUCACAACGUCACGGAUACGUAAAAAAACCCCAACUUGAAUUCUUCUUUUCCACGCGUACGUGUGAAAGAGUUUGUUUACACGCGACUUUAUGCAUUAACGGUACACACACGUUUACAAACAAGCCAAGUAACGAGGCUUCGCUUGGACCACGCCUUCCCUCCGAUCCACUCUGGAAAAUUCUUGACGCUCGAACGACACGUUAAAACUUUUGAAUGUUUGACAGAACAUUUAAAAAUAAUUUUUUUUGCUCCUUCAAUCAUUAAAACUUCGACGACCUGCGAUUCUUAUUUUUUGGCUUCGGUCGCCGAUUCUUCGUUUUUCUCUUCCUCGCGCCAUCGUCCGCCAAAACGAACACUUGGAGUCACGCGAUUGAACUUUUAAAGGGGUCGAACGUCACGAAGAAAAACUUCAAAAUGAGGAGGACGACGUCUUCUACAAUAUCUGAGCAAUACAAAGAAAAAAAACAACAAAAAAACA